UGUAUUCACAAGAAAGCGUGAAUCCACCCGUUACCAAAUCCUAUCUCGUCUUCCUCCUCUCAACCCCUUCCAUUCUCAAAACAAUGCAUUCAUCAUCAUCUUUAUCUUCUUCAAGAACCAAAAAUCCAUGUCAUGACGAUAAAUCCACCACCAAAUCUACCGACACUAGUAAAUCUAACGGGAAAUUGACGAAAUUAGAUCUCCCUCUCUCCAUUCUCAGCCCCUCUUCACUCCUGUUCUUCAAAUCCCCAUCUCUCAUCACCACCCAACUUCAUCCCAACACAAACCCCAUUCUUAAUCUCCAAAAAAUAGUCACUGCAUCACCCGAUAGUUUCGUUCGUAAUUUCCAUAACUCCAUUGAUAAAUGUCUCCGUGAUUUUCAUCAUUUUGCUUCCAACAAUCCCCUUUUCACCAAAUUGCAUUCUGCCGCCUCUCAAUACCACAAAUUCUGCCAGAUUAAUUUUAGAAGCGACAUGAAAUCAAACAAUUUGUCGAAUCACAAUUUUGCAGCGAUUCUUCCUGGAGAUUCAUUGGCAGGGCUUGUGGUAUCAAAUGGUAUUUUAAAUUUUUUAAAUAUUUACAACUCAUUGUUGGUCGCUCGGCUAGUUCUUACCUGGUUUCCAAACACUCCUCAAGUUAUUGUGAACCCCCUAAGCACUUUAUGCGACCCAUAUUUAAACAUUUUUCGUGGGGUUAUUCCACCACUUGGAGGGACUUUGGAUCUUUCUCCUAUUCUUGCAUUUCUUGUACUAAACGCCUUAACAAGCACAGCUUCUGCACUUCCUGCUGAACUUCCAUCUCAAAGAGGCUCAUCAUCUGAAAAACAUCCAUCUUUUCUUACUUCAAUAUCUCAUCUUACAACUUCACAAAAGAAGUGGUUGAAAAGGUUUAAUGCAGAUAAGUCAAAGGGCUCAGAGUGUAAUUUGUAACAUUAUAUUUAUAUGUUGUUGUGAAGUUUACUCAUAUGGUUUUUUAAUUUUUAAUCAUCGUUCAUAUCCA